AUGACCAAGGGGUGUGCAACGCUCUUGGUGGGCAACGACGGGGAGGCUUCACGGCAGUUUGCGGUAUCGGUGACGCUGCUCGCGCAUCCCACGAUCAUCGAGCUGCUCGCUGAGGCGUGGGAGAAGUACGGGUACGCGCCUGAGGGCGCCAUCGUCGUCCCCUGCAGCUUGGAGUGGUUCCAGAGGGCGGUCGACGUGGCGAGGGCCCAAGAACGGCGCCAUCACCAUCACCACCUCCGCCUUCCGCACCUCAUCGGGUGCUUUAGGCCGCCGCAUGUUAUUGCGUAG